CUUGUCGUCACCACCAAGACUACCUCCAGUCUAUUCUCCCCACUCGUGGCAUGCUCAACGUGUGCGAGGUGAUACACUCUAAGUCCGCAGUCCCGCAGGCGAAGUGCGGGGACCCCACAUUCGGCACAUCAUGGAGCCACUGCUCCCCACAUCCGGAUCCGACCAUCCCCCAUAUACCUAUGCAUACAUCAUGUACGGUUUCCUGAUUCCGUUGUUUGAUCGUUGGAAAAUCACAAGCCGAGAUUCAACAUCAUGAUAUUUGCCAACAUGCAAGAAACUAUCACACCUGCACAGCCUAGUCGCGAGACCUCUCCAAAUCGCGGCUUCUCAGUCCCUCAAUCAGAAGCAACUCCCAAACCCAGCAAACCUUUACGGGAAUGGCAAAAGGAGCAAGGCAUUGAUCGUGAUGCGCAGAUCAAACUCACAAAGCUCGUGCACAUGCGCUACCAGCACCCCGAUCUGGACGUCAUCACAACCUUCCUCCGGGACUUCGGCAUGACUGUCGCCCACAAAACAGACACUGCCCGCUGGUUCAAAGGCUACAGCGACGACCAGUACGUCUACUACGCGCAACAAGGCGAGAAGAAGUUCCUCGGCGGCUGCUUCGAAGUCGAGAGCUACGCCGAGCUCGAAAAAGCCUCGAAACUGCCCACCGCCGGCCCCAUCGAAGCCCUCACCUCCGCCCCCGGCGGCGGGCACCUGCUCACACUCUACGACCCCUCCGGCUUCCCACUCUGCCUGCUCCACGGCCAGACCAAGAAGCCCCCCGGCCCCUACCCCGAGAUCCUCACCACCAACUACGAGGCCCUCAAACCGCGCGUCGCGCGCUUCCAGCGCUUCACCCCCGGCCCCGCCGCAGUCCAUAAACUGGGCCACUACGGCCUGUGCGUCACCGACUACCCGUCCACCCUCGCCUGGUACACGCGCACCUUCAACCUAGCCCCAACCAACAUCCUGACCGCGGGCUCCACCGACGUCGCGGCCUUUGCGCACAUCGACCGCGGCGCCACGCCCGUAGACCACCACAGCAUCUUCUUCAGCACCGCCGCAACCAGCCAUGUGCAUCAUUGCUCCUUCGAGGUCCACGACUUCGACGCCCAGGCGCUGGGCCACGCGUGGCUCGCUAAACGGGGGUAUGAGAGCGUGUGGGGCGUCGGCCGGCACGUGCUCGGGUCCCAGAUCUUCGAUUACUGGUGGGACACCGCGGGGAAUAUGGUCGAGCACUAUGCGGAUGGGGAUUUGGUGGAUGAGGGGACGGAGGUUGGGUGGGGGGAGGCGGGGGAUGAGGGAUUGGCGGUUUGGGGGCCGGAGGUGCCGGGGUGGUUUUUGGAUUGA